AUGCAGGCAGCUGUCGCUAUCCAAAAAGUGAAGCUUGUUCUUCAGAACCACAAUGCUUUUGAACUUAAGGAAGGUCAUCAACUCCAGGAAUGCAGUUUCCCAACGAACGAUUCUAAUAAUCUUAGUUGUGAUGGUAUAGUACGAACUUACGAUGAUAUGAUUGCUGGUGUGACAGAAAAAAUAUCUGCGUUAAUGAGAGAACAAAUGCGCUACUCACUUUCUUUAAGAGAUUUGAAGAGUGUGAUUCAGGGUGACUCGACGUCCUUGAUCGAUCCUCCAUCCUAUUCAAAGCAAGAGUCGGCCCUCUCCCCGACCUUCCGUAACGAAUCCUCGACUUCGGCAUUGGGUUUUCCAGAAUUCGAGAGCCGUUUCCGAGCGAUGGAAAUGGAGAGUACUUUAAAUGAUAGUUUUCAUAGCUCCAUCAAGUCUUAUGUUGAACCUAUUGUGCAGGAGGUACGAAACCACAUCGAGAAGCGGUCGGAAGAAAUGGUACAGAUGAGGAAAGCCGUGAUAACAAGCUUUGAAGCUCUUGGUGGCACAGAUGAUAUUCGCUCAGUAGAUGCGAUCAAGGCGUCUAAUUAUUUGGUAGAUAUAGCCGUUGACACUGGCUCUUGCAUCACUGAAAUGAAAUUGAUUCUAGACCCCACAGGAGAAAAUAGUGGUAAAGUCCGACUCUCCAGCAUUUUAAGUAACAUUAAGACGAAACUAGGCGAAGUAGAAGAUGCGAAGAAAGAUGCAGGUGAUCUUCUCUAUGCUUUGGCUGGCCCUAACAAAAGCAUAUCAGAAAUGAGUUUAUUUAGUUCUGUAUAUAAUCACCGUUUAUUAAAGAAAAAGAAGCCGGCGAGACCAGAAUUCGUGCGCGAAGAUCCUCUCUACAUGGCUCGUGUUAUCUAUGAUAAGCAGCUUAUUAAUGAAGACUCGGAAAAGUCAGAGUUUCUACACCUUAGUUCCUAUGAGCUUAACUACGAAAAUGUCAAAGUCUUCAGGAAAGCGAUCGAGGAAAGAAAGCUUCAGUUUCAGCAAAUGUCCCACGGCAUCACCGUGGCACUCUCUCUUAUGGGUGAUACUGCAGACCUUUCAAAGGUGGACACCAACACCCUUGUACUGCGGCUAAUACAGACCGCCAAGGAUGUGCAUGAUGCCAUAGUGUUAGGUCAAAACACAAUCGCAGAGGAGUGGAUCGCGAAGCGGAAUAGCAUAACCGUCUCCAACUCUGAGGUUUCCACUCACAACAACUCAACUAAAAUAUCAGGAGAGUCCAUCAUGCACGAGGAUGGGGAAAAGGAGUGUGGCGGUGAUAAAAUAUCCACCUCGAGGCUUGACGAUAUGCCUUUUUUGGCUAAACUGACAGCUGAUCUAGUGCAUGCGCUUCGGUCUAUGCAUGACAACUACGAAGCAAUGAAACAGGAAAAUGAGUGCAUGUCAAAAAAACUGCAAUUCCUCCUUGAUGAUGACAAGACUGAAGUUCUCGAGGACCAUCUCGAACGCGCGUGUGCACACAUAGCCUCCUUGGACACGAAACAACAUGCCCUUUCAGAAGAAUUGGUGAACAGCAAAGCGCAUUUGCAGAAGAGUGAGCAGCUAGUAGAAUCCCUCCGCGGAGAGCUAGGCACACUUCAAAACCAACUUACUCAUACACAACAGAACAUUAUCUUCAUGGAGGAAAACUGUGUGAGGCUCAGAAUGAUAUUAAGUGAGAACAUAGCAUUCGCCACGAUAAUCAGCGAUCAUACAAAAGAGUUUGAAGAGCUCAGUACCUCAAGGAUUCGUUCUGGAUCACUACACGCAACUCAAGUUCUCAUGAGCGAGUGCACACUCCUUCAAAGUCUGCUUGUGGAUAAUCAUACUGAACCAGUCAAUGAGGACAAAGUGAGUGAUGAAAAUGAGGAUAUUCUAUUGUCAUCGAUUCAACGGUGUUCCAAAUACGUGCGAUCCUCCGUUGGGCUUCUUGGUGCCGAACAGAAUUUACACCUCGAUACAGAAGACAAGCUACAGGAUACCCAACGACGCCUUGAGCUUGCCAUGGCAGAGGAAUCCCGCCUUGAGGAACUUCUAAAAGAACUCCGCCAGCGACUCGAGGCAGAAAAAGAAAAUGCAAUCCAACAAAUGCGAGCCCAGCUUCAGGGGCAACAACGGGAAGCCGAAAAACGCCUGCAGUACGCUCAGAACGUUUCGGAAGAGACCCAGAAAAACCUGAAGGAACGUAUUAAAAGUCUCAAAGGCAAGGUGAGGGAUGAGGAACAAUUACGUAAAAUCGCAGAGACAACGACCAUCGACCUUCUCGAGCAACUAAACGCUAAAGCGGAGGAAACUGUGGAGCUGAAAGCCCAUCUCGAGGACGCCGAAAAGCGUCGCCGUGAGGCAGAAAGUUCUUUAGCCGUUCUGGAGGAGAUUAAUACGAUGAUGCAGGUAUCGGCGACUGAAAGAAAUACCUUUUACGAUUGCCGAUAUACCGAAUUAUUGGAGAAGCUGGUGGUGACAGAACAAGAGAUUGCCUCUCUACGGACUGCCCUUAACGCGGCGUUUACCGAGCGAGCGUCUGUGGAUGCUUUACGAACUCAAGACGAGAUAAAGUUAGAGGAGUUAAGAAAUGUUGUGGAAAGAGCAAAAAAAAGGCUUCUACAUUGCCUUAUGUCACCCAACGUGUCCCUGGCAAACACCUUGAUUGAGGUCGUGGACGUGUUUCUAAAGGAGUUCGUGAAAGUAAAUGAAAAGGCUUCACGUAAAGAUAUUAUUUAUUAUUCAGUCGGCACAAUCACGGAAAGUGAUAUAGUGAAUAUGGCUAAAGGAUUUUCUACCGUGUUAAGGGUAUUUCAAAAACUCGAUUUACUCCCACUUGAAGAUGUGAUAAUUCCUGAAGAUCAGGCAGACGCGAUCGCGGAGUAUAUCAAUUGGAGCGUGGAGCGCACAUCCGAGCUAAAUAAUGGGAAAGCACUACUUAUAAACAGCAUGCAAUUCUGUCAAUUAGGGUACUCUACUGUACAGUUUUCCACACCCCUUGGGGUUCUUGUUCAGUCAAUCCUGGAUCAAAAGGAUGAAGCAGUACAGCAGUGCGUUGAGUUGAGGGAACAUUACAACGCAAUCUGCGAUGAGAUCGAACAACUACGUGAAAUGAUGAAACUGAAUAAUGACCAUAAUCGUGAUGUGGAGGAACUGGAGCAUUCCAUCGGACGGAUGCGUGAGAUCGUACAGAGGAAACAAAACGCGGACGAAAUUGUGGAAAGGCAUACUAGCGAGAUGCAGUUACUGAUAGACACCCGUUUUGCAAGCCUUUCUCGCUAUGCGGUAGAGCGAGAAAAUGUUGUUAACCAUAUACAGCAACUUCAUCACUUUCUGAGGCAUAGAUUGCGUGAACAAAGUCAGAGCAAAAAUAUAGACUAA